GCCACUUGGCCAGCCUCCACCACCGCUCACCCUGAAUGGCCUCUUCCGGCCAUACUACAUCGUGCCUUAUCCCUGCACGGCCUGCCCCAAGAGGCAAUUCCCGCGAGAUAUCAACACGAUCUCGUCGCUGCCACCGCCGCCGUGACAGCCGCCGCCCGCCAUGGCGCCACAGGCCCCCUCUACCCCGCCGGUGCCUGCAGCGGGCAUGAGGCGGCGCAGCGGUAUCUGCGGCGGCGGCGUGCGCGGGGUCCGCGUGGGCUGCUUCGGCGACCCCGAGAUGAAGCGGCGGCGGCGGGUCGCGGGGUACAAAGCGUACGCGGUGGAGGGCAAGGUGAAGGCCUCCAUACGCCGGGGGCUCCGGUGGUUCAAGCGCAAGUGCUCCGGCAUCCUGAGCUUCUGACCGCCACCGUCCGGCCGCGACGUGUUCCCAAAACCGAUCCCGACGACCGCUCUUUAUUAGGGCUGCAGCACUUCUACUACCGCGCCACGUACUCUUUGGCGGAUUCGGGCUUGACGUACGGCGCCCUUUUGUGGAUUGAUCAAUCAAGAAAAUGUAAUUGGGUCUAUUUUGACCGAUCAACUGUGUGUGUUUCAAAGAAACUUUCUGGAGGGUGGAUGCAUGCCGCCUAGAGAUUAUUAGCAUGUGCUUGCCAUUUUUUGUUUCUUGGGAGUUCAUAAAUGUCUGGCCUGAAUGGUUACACAACUGUUUAUCCUCAUGGAAUUUGGAUUUUUGUUUAAGUCAACCAACAAUUAAUACAAGAGAUUUGCUAGGCAAUAUUGUCUUGUUGCUUCUA